UGGAUCUUUGGGAUAUGUAGUUUUAUCACUUUGAAGCUAGCAGUGACUUCUAUGGAACUUGGCGUGAGAAAAAACUACGUCCCGGCGUGCUCCGCAUCAUUAGCGUAGAAGAUAGUGGGCCGCUGCAAGAAUUCGUGCGGAGCGGCGGGGGUACAUUUGCAAGCUUUUGCUGCAACAGAGAUGAGAUAAUAGGGACCAAGACUAGUAUGGAAGAUUCUAAGGGGGACUUUUCCAUUCAGAGAGAAGCUGCAAAGAACCUGGUACGAGAUCUAAGAACCUUGGUGGCUUUAACUGACCCAGAGGAUGGGAUACUGGUUCAAACUCCAGAUGGCGUUAAACUCCCCGGACAACUGGAAAACUUAAUUUGCUGCAGCAGGGUCAAAGUCAAGUUAGGAUAAUCAAGUAAUUGCCCAAAGAUGGGAGAUGAAGGCACAGGUGAACCUUUUCUGGGUAUAGUGGCUGGUGGGGACAAAGAUUAUGAGGGUGCCCUUCCCUCAGACACAGUUUCCUUGAGUGAUUCAGAUUCAGAUGACUUUGGGUUUCCAGAUGAGGCUGAAGUUGAUACCGUGUCCCCUGAAGAACCCUUACCCUUGGAUGAUGUGAGAGGUGGAUCAGAUGAAAGUGGUGGCCAUCUGCAUGGCCCUCAUAGAUCACCUGUUCAACCCUUUCACCUGAAAGGCAUGAGCUCAAGCUUCUCCCAGCGCAGCCAAAGCAUAUUUGAUUGUCUAGAAGGGGCAGCCAAACGGGCAGUACCCUCACUGGCUGAAGACAGUGUUGUUGACGGAAGGUUUAAGCGCCCUCUGCCUCCACCCAGUCUUUCAAACAAGAUGCUUGCAGAAAAUGUUGGAAGACAAAGCAGGCAACUACUGUCUCUUAAAAGCUCUCCUGCAGUGCCUGACUAUGUGGCACACCCAGAACGCUGGACGAAGUACAGCUUAGAUGGUGUUUCAGAGACUAGUGAUAAGGCAAACAGAUCAAUUGCCAUGGAGUUUCUGGAGGGCUUGAAGAAGAGCAGAGAAGAACAAAGUACUACUAGUUCUGAAAGCUACACCCCAUCUUUCAACCAGGAUCCCUCCAGCUCUGGGGUUGGAAGGAUUGUCUUUACCAAACCAUCAAAGGCAGUCUUAGAUGUCUCAGAAAGAAAAAGGCCUGCUAUGGAGAAGGAGGAAGAGGCAGAGCCUAUAGAUACAAAGCAGGAGCUCAGAGGAAAACCACAAAAGAAGUCCAGCAACCAGAAGGAAGAUGAAAUGGUUGGACUAGAUCACUUAGAUAGUGGAGUAAAGGAAGUGGAAGAUGAAAAGCCAUUGAAGCUGGAAGUGCUGGGCAUUCAGAAAGAGUCUGGCACAGAUUCUGCUGAGGCAUGUGAAGAUACAGCAGUGGCAACAGUGGGAUUCCAUGGCAGCAAGAAACGGAACAGGAAACAUUUCCGACUCAAAGCCAGCCCGGACGAAAAGGAGGAAGAUUCCUAAAGAAGCUGGAGAAGUGAUAUGUGCAUUUGUGUUCUAGUGUUUUUAAAUAUAAGAUUCCUUGAUGUUUUUCCUUUGCCAGGUUUGCAUAAGUUACUCAACUUGCUUGGUUUGUUUAAUAUUCUUCAAACCAUGACUUAAAAUAUCCCUUCUGUUUCAUUUUGCCUUCCCGAAAUAGCCUUCUGUGCUAGUUUUGUUUGAAGUGUAUUAGAGAUGCUUAUAAAAGAUUCAGUAACAGCAUAAA